AUGCAGAAGUCCAUUACUGACUUUUUAAGUAAAGAAAGUAAGCGACAGCUGAAUACUAAUGUUCACUUAAAUACUCACAAAGAAAAUGCCAGCGCUUUAUCGCCAUACGUGAAAAAACGACGAAGCUAUGUACCUGACGAUUUUAAUCAGUACACUUUGGAUGCUGGUCAAAAAAAUAUAGGGAGAAGAUUAAUAGGGUUCCUUGAAGAGAGGCUCAUUUUCGAAGUCUUACACUGUUGCUCUAUGUCAGGCAGAAAAAGUAGCAGAAAAGCGUUACUGACUAACGGAAUUGCUGUAUUUUUGCAGUGGAUUCAUUUGACUUUGCGUUUUUUGCUUAAUCAUAUGGGUUUUCAGUGCAAUAUGGUUUAUGACUGUGACUCAGUUUCGGACUGCAAUCUUCAUGCGGAUUUCCAUGAACGUUUACUAAAGCGUAAUUGGUUCAGAGUGAAAUAUUCAGAAAUCGACUCGUGGAGAAAACAGGCUAAUGAAUAUGGGCAAGUGGUUUUGAAGUGCGUCAAUGUUGAACUUGGAUUUCCGUCAGAUAUAUCAUCUGUUUGGGACAAGAAUGGAAAGAGACAACUUUGGGGCUUCAUUGCGUCAUCAUCCAAAUAUAAAUUUCCUUUCAUUGGUGCAGUUGCAUUGGUUGAAGGGAUAGACCAUGUUGGGCCUUGUGAAAGAAAGGUUUUUCAUGGCUGGUUUAUGGGAGUCAACCGUAUUUGGGUGCACAAGACUUUACGACGUGAAGGAAUAGCUUCAAUGGUUCUUGAAAGUGUUAGGCACAAUAUGAGAAGGGACUGCAUUGUACCCAAGGAUCGUAUUGCGUUCAGUGAUUUAACAGAUGACGGCGAGGCAUUUGCUAAAAGUUUUUGUAAAAGCGAUCGCUUAUUUAGUGUUCUGAUGCUUAAUGGGAGUUUACAAGCUCGCAUAAUUUUGAUGGAGCACGGUGGUUGGGGGUCGAAUCAGGGCAGUUGCAUAAAUUUUGCAAUAAAUAGUAUGCUUCGGGAAUUGGAUUUAAUUUUUGCACUAUUUGUUCAAAGAAAUCUGAAGUAUGACGGUUUAUAUGACGCACACUGGAUAUCCGAUAUUCAAAUUUACGUACGUAGCUCAGUAUUGUUGGAAGUACAAAAAUGUCGUUAUAGGAGAAACAAAUUUGACAGGAAGCAGCCGGUUGCCGUGACUCGUAAAACUUAACU